CGGACACAUGGUCCCUCUCUUUCGCCUCGUUAGUUCGCUGCAGCGAGUCUCUGCUCACUGAGCCUCGCCUCGCCUCGCCUCGCCUGUGCUCUCCCCUUUCCCUCCCCUCUGCCCCGCCACCAUCAUGCCUGGCAUGGCGACCGCCAAGAAAGUGGCGCCCGUCAAGGGGAAGAAGAAGGCCCAGACCUUCACCAUCGACUGCGGCAAGCCCGUGGAGGACAAGAUCAUGGACAUCGCCUCCUUCGAGAAGUUCCUCAACGACCGCAUCAAGGUCGAUGGCAAGGCCGGCGUGCUCGGCAGCGCUGUGUCCAUCUCCCGCGAGAAGAACAAGAUCAGCGUCACCUCCGAGAGCUCUUUUUCCAAGAGGUACUUGAAGUACUUGACGAAGAAGUACUUGAAGAAGCACAACGUGAGGGAUUGGCUGCGAGUGAUUGCAUCGAACAAGGACAGGAAUGUGUACGAGUUGCGGUACUUCAACAUUGCGGACCAGGAUGCGGAGGAGGAGGACUGAGGCACGAGCGUUGGGCGAGCUGCGGGUUGUGAGAAAAUGUAGAAGCGGGGGCUCUGUGCCGCGUUUUCAUGUUGCCGGAAUGUACCACGUUGAAUGCGAAUUACGUCUGAUCACGCUGAAGUUGCCACCGAA